CGGGAGGGACCGGCCAUGCUGCUCCUGUGCGCGCGAGCGCUCCCGCGGCGCCGCUGCCUCCUGCGGGCUCGGCCGCCCUCGCGCGCGCUCCCGCCGGCGGCGCCGAGCCGAAGCGGCGACCGAGCCGACGCUGCCGCCGGCUCCGUGAGCAAGCGGGCUCGGGCCGAGGACGGCGCGUGCCUGCGCUUCGUGCGGCUCUCGGAGCACGCCACGGCUCCCACCCGCGGGUCGGCGCGCGCUGCGGGCUACGACCUGUACAGUGCCUAUGAUUAUAUAAUACCACCCAUGGAGAAAGCCAUUGUGAAAACAGACAUUCAGAUAGCUGUUCCUUCCGGAUGCUAUGGAAGAGUAGCUCCACGUUCUGGCUUGGCAGUAAAAUACUUCAUAGAUGUAGGAGCCGGUGUCAUAGAUGAAGAUUAUAGAGGAAAUGUUGGUGUUGUGCUGUUUAAUUUUGGAAAAGAGAAGUUUGAAGUAAAAAAAGGUGAUCGGAUUGCACAGCUCAUUUGUGAACGGAUCUUCUAUCCAGACUUGGAAGAAGUUGAAACACUGGAUGUCACUGAAAGGGGCUCAGGAGGCUUCGGCUCCACUGGAAAGAAUUAAAAAUGUGCUUCAAGUAUUUCGCUGUUUCACCUGCAAAGAGGAACUUUAGUUCUGGUAGUGUUUCAUGUUCUAGGACACAGGAAAGAGGACCUGUUAUAUUACAUUGGAACUUCUCUCUUCUGGGAUUGGUGGUCACCCGUAAAUCUGCAUUGUGAGACAUGCAGACAUGCAGACUUGGUAAAAAUAAGUGUUCAAUUGAGUUUUUCUAUUGCAUUAUUUAAAUUAUAGUCCUAGCUACUGGUUUUGCUCUAAUUGCUUUCUCAGUUGUAAGGUUUUUUGUUUUUUUGUUUUUAUUCAAUAAAGUUGAAGUCUUUAGCAGA